AGGCUGAAGAAAAAUGGCUUCCUUCAGCAACCUGACCAUUGGCAUUGCUGUUGCCAGUUUUACUGUAUUUCAACUCCUGUUUCAUGUUUUAAGUUCUUGGGUGUCAGCACGAAUAACACCUGGUUUUAACAAUCUUAGCCAAAAAAGGAAGAUCGAAUGGAAUUCAAGGACAGUGUCCACAGUCCACGCCUUGGUGGUUGGUGGGUUUUGCCUGUAUAUUUUGUUGUACGAUGAUGCUGUUAAUGCUGACCGUCUCUGGGGUGACCCUUCAAUUGUGAAACUGAAUAUUGCUAUUACCACAGGCUACCUCAUUUCUGAUUUGUUGCUUAUUAUUUACUACUGGAAGGCAAUUGGUGACAAAUUUUUUGUACUACAUCACUUGGCAGCUCUGUAUGCUUACUAUUUUGUACUGAGCAAAGGUCUGUUGGCUUAUUUUGGAAACUUCCGUCUGCUUGCAGAGUUCUCCACUCCUUUUGUCAAUCAACGGUGGUUUUUUGAAGUACUGGGAUAUCCCAAAUCUUCAAAGGCCAACAUCAUCAAUGGUGUGCUGAUGACAGUUGUGUUCUUCGUGGUGAGGAUUGCCGUCAUGCCUAUAUAUUACAGCCAUGUAAUUUCUUCAUUUGGAACAGAGGCUUUCCAGAGAUUAGGAUUUGCAGCCCAGAGCGCCUGGAUUAUCUCCAGUGUUGUCUUGGAUGUUAUGAAUGUGAUGUGGAUGUUCAAAAUUGCAAAAGGAUGCUACAAAGUCAUUUGUCUUAUCGGACGGGAGGAAGCCAAAACCCAUAGAAAUGGAAAAUCUGACUAGAAAUCACAUGCAUAAAAUGAAAUUUCUGCUAUGAAAAUAAUUUGGGUUCACUGAAACAGUGCACGUUUCUGCCAUGGAAUGCUCCUCUUAAGGAACCAAGGUAUUACC